AUGUAUCCUCCAGCCCAGAUUGUCGAUCAUCACCACACCCUGAUACGAGGGAAGCUCUCAGCUGAACACCACCUGUCCAAUGGUAGCGCCAUCAAAAACAACAAUCUACCCUUAUUGGAAGCCAUCCCAACAGAGGAGCAACCCUUGUUAAGGCAAGACUCAACGCCAUCAUUAUCUACCCAAUCACAAUCAACAUUCCCAUCGCCAAACCUCCCCUUCAUAGACAAAUACGGUCGUUAUCGCCAUAUGGUACACUAUGGCUGUAACAGCACAACCCGUUUACAUGAAAGCAAAACAAACAAAGGAAGCGAUAACCAACUUGUCGCAAUCAAAGUAUACCGACGAUCCAUCCUCAGAGGUCCCCCAAGCUCUUCCCACUCAACAUCCCUGCAUCCAAGCCACCCAAACAUCUUGCCGAUCCUAGAUAUCCUCCAUAAUGAACGCGCCGAGCUCUGUCUAGUCAUGCCAUACUGCGCCGGUGGCGAUUUAAACACCCUCCUAUCUCGCAACGGUCCUCUACCAACCCAAGAAGCGGACUGUAUAAUCACCCAGAUCCUACGCGCUCUUGCCUUCCUACACGACCACGGCACGGCACAUCGCGACGUCCGCCUUGAGACAGCCCUGCUCACUGCUAACGGAGCCGUGAAACUAGCCGGGUUUGGCGACGGACAUGUCCGGCGGAUAUGGGAGGAGUCUGCCGAGGCUGGGAGAGAAGGAAUGCUUCCCCCGCGACCACAGCCACCUACAAACUAUGCAUGGUCGUUUACGCUACCGUGGCCGCUGAAUUCAUUAUGUCGUCAAAAUUCUGAAUCUUCUUCUGGCAAUGACAGUCAGGCCGUCAUUGCGAACUCGCCAACAGCUUCGUUUGUUGGUAUGAGGCUGCCGUAUAUCCCGCCGGAAGAAUUCCAGCUUCAUUUUCAAUCCCAUUGUCAUGAGGAACAUGGCAAUCGUGGUGAGUUUGAUUCUCGGCCCGCUGAUGUAUGGGCCACUGCUAUGGUUUACAUGGCGCUUGUCACCGACCGGAUGUUGUGGCGUAGUGCACGUCCCGACCAGGAGGAUGUGCGGUAUCUAGAGUACCUUCAUUCUCGUAGCGGGGAGGAUGGAUACCCGCCAAUUGAGACUCUGGGGCAGAGACGUCGCAACGCUAUCUAUGCAAUGUUGCACCCCUGCUCUCGGAAGCGUAUCACAACUCCGAAGUUGUUGCGAUCAGAAUGGAUACAUGGUGUGGUAGUUUGCGAAGCGGGAGCGAAAGGAUACUGA